ACCGCAUUUACAAUUUCUACCUCACAGUAAUUUUAUAGCGUUUCGCGUAGUCCGUCGUCAAUAAUUCGCUAAUAUUCGGGCGUGUUCACCGAUUACGAUCAAAUAACUGAAACAAAGUGACCGCUUAGCGCCGCGGUGUUUAGUUUAUUGGCACGCGGUCGCCUUGCAGUGAGACGUGUUCGUGCCACCACACCCUCGGAGCGCGGUGUCGGUGAUAGUCGCCGAAGUGUUAUGUGGUCGGGCUAGCCGCAGUGUCGUGCAGUGUGCGUGCGGGGUGCAUUGAUGGGCUGCAGGGGCUGGCGCAGCGCGGCGGAGCGGCCGCUGCGGCGAGACCUCGUUUGCCGGAAGGACGCCUCAACUCGCCACACUGGAACUAAUGGAAUUAGAGAACAUCGUCGCCAACACAGUCUAUUUGAAGGCCAGAGAAGGUGGCUCCGAUAGCAACAAGGGCAAGAGCAAGAAGUGGCGCAAGAUCCUCCAGUUCCCUCACAUAUCACAAUGCUUAGAUAUCAAAACAAAAAUAGAUGUAGGUUACGACUACGUGGUCGACCAGCAGCCGAUCGGCAAGCUGCUGUUCCGGCAGUUCUGCGAGCGAACCAAGCCCGAGUACCACAAAUACAACAGCUUCUUAGAUGCGGCGGAGCGAUACGAUGUGGAGAUGGAGGAGACGCGGACGGCGGUGGCCGUGGACGUGUUCCGGCGCUACCUCACCGACGAGGACGGUGAAGCGGUCACCGACGUCGUCGACAAGCAGGCGGUCGACGACGCGAGCUCGUCGCUGGAAGCCGGCUCAAAAGACAUCUUCAGCACGUGCAUACGAUGCGUGAAGAACUUCCUCGCGGGUACGCCCUUCUCGGAGUUCGAGCGCUCCAUGUACUUCCACCGGUAUCUGCAGUGGAAGUGGUUGGAGGCCCAACCUGUGACGCAGCACACCUUCAGGAUGUACAGGGUGCUCGGGAAGGGAGGGUUCGGAGAGGUUUGCGCUUGUCAGGUGCGCGCGACAGGCAAGAUGUACGCGUGUAAGAAGCUGGAGAAGAAGCGCAUCAAGAAGAGAAAAGGAGAGGCGAUGGUGCUGAUAGAGAAGCAAAUACUCCAGAGGAUCAACUCCCGCUUUGUCGUCAACCUCGCCUACGCGUACGAGACGAAAGACGCGCUCUGUCUCGUUCUCACUAUUAUGAACGGAGGCGACCUGAAGUUCCACAUCUACAACAUGUGCGGCGCCGACACGGGGCUGGGGCUGGAGCGGGCGCGCUUCUACGCCGCGCAGGUGGCGUGCGGGUUGGAGCACCUGCACAAGAUGGGCAUUGUUUACAGGGACUGCAAGCCGGAGAACAUCCUGCUGGACGACGCGGGGCACGUGCGCAUCUCGGACCUCGGGCUCGCCGUGGACGUGCCGGACGGCGGCUCUGUGCGCGGCCGCGUCGGCACCGUCGGCUACAUGGCACCCGAGGUGAUCGACAACGAGCGCUACACGUUUUCUCCCGACUGGUUCUCGUUCGGCUGCCUGUUGUACGAGAUGCUGGAGGGACGCGCGCCGUUCCGCGCCCGGAAGGAGAAGGUCAAGAGGGAGGAGGUCGACCGGAGAGUCAAGCACGAGCAGGAGAAGUACUCGAGCAAGUUCAGCGAGUGCGCGCGGUCGCUGUGCGCGGCGCUGCUCGCCAAGAGCGCCGGCGCCAGGCUCGGCUGCGGCGCGGGCCGGCGCGGCGCGGCGCACGUCAAGCAGCACCGCUUCUUCAGCUCCCUCAACUGGGCCCGCCUCGAGGCCGGCAUGGUGGACGCGCCCUUCGUGCCCGACCCGCACGCGGUGUACGCUAAAGACGUACUGGACAUCGAGCAGUUCUCGACGGUGAAGGGCGUGGCCCUGGACGCGGGCGACGACACCUUCUACGGCAAGUUCAACACCGGCUCCGUCUCCAUGUCGUGGCAGACCGAGAUGAUCGAGACGGGCUGCUUCACCGAGCUGAACGUCUUCCAAGCGGGCGAGGAGCAGACGGAGGCGCCGACGCCGGACCUGCAGCUGACGGCGGUGGCGCCGCCGCCGCAGGACGACAAGGGCUGCUUCGGCUUCGCGAGAAGGGUAUUGUGUCCUACCAAGAAAGUCCCGGCGCGGCUCCGCGUGGUGCCUGUUCCCGAGCACCUGCUGCAGCCCUCGUCUCCUGCACCGCAGCCUGCUGCGCCUGCUGCACCUGCAGAACCCCCGCAGGCUCAGAGCUGA